UUUCCCCCUCAUCUUUGCUGUAUACUCAAUUCUUCCGCACAUCGUGUGCUGUGCUGGCUUGCGCAGCAUACUUUAUACUGCACUCUAUAGUUGCUAUUGACAAGUCGAGUCUCUAGCCUUAUCCUCUCCAACCCCGUGUUUCCUCGAAACAUUUGCUAUGUCUUCCACUAAUGACGCCGUCUUUUAUCGGCGGAACAAGCAGAUCCAAGACGCCAUUGAUGGGCAAAAUCUAAAGCAGGCCCUGCAAUUGAUCGAGAAGCGUAUUAAGAAGGGUGAAGACACACCUUUUCUCAAAGCAUGGAAGGCGUAUGUUCUCUACCGUCAUGCCGACGAAGCCCAUCGCAAACGUGGAAUCGCCGAAACUCUCGAACUGUGUAAAGCCGAACCUCCCACCACGGAUCUGGAGACCCUCGAUAUCCUCCACGAGACACUGGAAAAACUUAGCGACCAUGGGGACACCCUGAGAAGCCUGUGGGAAAGGGCCUCUAAGGCUAGCCCAAAGGACUUGGAUAUCCAGAUGCGGUGGUUUGAGUAUGGUUUUGAGGGCGACGACUGGAAGUCGGCGCAAAAGGCUGCCAUGUCUCUCCAGAGCAAUUUUCCCAAAACUAGGAAGUAUUAUUUCUGGGCCAUCUUCCUUUGCUACCUGAUCUCCGUCGAUGCGGGUGCUUCGGAGGCUGAACGCAAGCUUUUCGGAACCCUAGCCUAUCGUAUGAUUUCCAAAGCUGGCGAAAGUGUUCCUCAAGAUCCGAAGGAGUUGCUGAGCCCUCCCAGAGCUAUUCAAUCGGCCGAGGAGCUACUGUUGCUUGUUAAGAUCUUUGAGUCUCAAGAGCGCCAUGCAGAGAUUGUCAAGAUCCUCGACAGCGAUAACCUAGGUCUGAAUUCGCGCGUCGUGCAGAACGAUUGGUCAUUUGUUGGGGUGAAGCUGUCCAGUCUGGAAAAGGCUCAAAUGUGGACAGAAGGUCUGGACUAUGCAAAGAGCUUGCUCACUAUCCCAAGCAACGAGGAAGAAUUGAAGGCUCUUCAAGAACGUGAUGAUUGGGCAGUCUGGCACUUGCUCCUCACCUCAACUCAGAGGAUUAACUCGUCAGAGACUACCAUCGCAACUCAGGACUUCAUUCGCGACUUUGUGGCGGCGGUGCCCAAGUCUCGCAAUGCCCACCUAGCUCGGCUUGACAUGGUACACUGGGGUUUUAAGUCGGGUAGCUCUAACGCCGAGGACUUAAUCGCCGCCUGCAAACAAUACUAUGAUCUCAACAAGCACAAGCUCUACUGCUUCGGCGAUCUGAGGACUUACGUGUCAUCACUCGAUCAAGCUUCCAUGACAAGCCUGGUGAACUAUACUUCGAAAGGACAAAACGAGGGGACAGAUGGAGCUUCAGGAAAGGGCGUCGCGACGAUCAACGCGCUUAAACUUGAGUACUGUUUCUGUCUUUCGGCCAACGAAGAGAACGUCUCCAAGCCACAAGUCGAAGAUUUCAUCGUCCGCUGCCUGCAGGUCUACCGUGAGGUCCAGCGUCCCGAGAAGACUUCGGCUCCCACCACGAUUGAAAGCCAGCCCAGCGAUGACUUAUGUAUUUUGGCGGCCAUGAGCCUGAUGCGUUUCAGCGAACCAUGCACGUCUGUUGCUGAUCAGCAGAUUCCUGACGCCGUGCUCAUUCGCGCAGCAGCUAUCCUCGAACGCCUCCUUGUCGACUCACCCCACAACUAUCAGGCAUUGUUACUUGUCGUCAGGAUCUAUCUGCGCUUAGGUGCAGGAUCCCUUGCACUGAGCAGCUUCAGUAAACUUUCAGUGAAGCAAGUGCAGUUCGAAACUGUUGCUCACAAUCUUUUCACACGCCUUGCCACAAUCCACCCACACUCCGCCCCACCAGUUGAAGGAGCUGAAUACAAAGACUUCAACCCACAAUCCGCUUUUGUGCAGGCCCUUAACUUCUUUCGCACUGCAGAUCUCACAUCAACCAGGCAUCGCACUAGAGGACUAGAUUAUGGCAGCUAUGUGAAUAUCGAAGGCACCAUCGAAUUGCAGAGGCGUCUGAGGCAAAGCAUCUGCCGCAGGAUGUGGGCGCUAGACGUAAGGCGCAUACAGAGACUGGCUGGUGGGGACCCUAUGACUAGAUACGAAGAUAUGGCUAGAGAUGAAUCGCCCUUGGUCGACCAACGUGUCUUCGACGCGUUCAUGAACUGCGAAGCGCCUGGAAAGCCUACAUUUGAGGAGCGCAUACGCCUGGGUCCUUUGCCUAGUAACGGAUGGAUCAAAUCUAUGAAUUUAACCGACCAUCUGUUUGGCACUUUGAAGUCUCUGGCUACCCAAAAGCCAUUGACUGUUGAGCCCGAGCUACCAAACCUUGAUGACAUCUUGGGUGAAAAUGUGGAAACGGAAAUGACAACAGCAGAAAUUGAAAGCGUUAAAACAAACCGGAGCCUCCUGGCACUUGCUCUGUUCUUGAGUGGGUCCAAAUCUGUUACUGCCGAACAAGCAGACGCCAGUCUUUCCCAGGUGGAAGCAUGGUUGGACUCAAGGUUUCAGGAUAUCAAUGAUGGUGACGGGAAGGUAUCCCCGGUUAUUUCGAGAACUGCACUUUCCUUGGAUUCGGACGCACCAAUUGCGCCAACUUGGAAAUACUUCCAUAAUCAGUUCAUGGUCCUGGACUCGCUUAAGGCCUUGUCCCUUCUAACCACCGUCGCCACGCGAAAGGGGUCCAAGAACGCCAAAUUGAGUCGGGAAAGAAUUGACAAAUUGGCUGACACUACACGCCAAGUCUUCCAGAGUAUUAGAACCGGUGGUCGUACGCUCAAGUCUCACGUCUCGGCUUCGGGUGGGUUGGGCGCGUUGAUCGACAUGGUCCUAGCUGGUCCCGACCGCGGGCCGGAAGGUAGUAAGCUAUCCUCCGAGUUGGACAAGACACUUGAUAUGUCUCAACUGGAGGUCUUCUGCGGUGAGCUAAAGGAAAGCUGGGAGGAGGGAUUGAAUGGCCUAAUCGCCGUAACCCUGUGAGAGCAUCUUGCCCUUCACUUUCUUCUGACACGAAUUGAAAGGCGGCCACCGAACCUUGAUUAUAUAAUGCUUCGUCAAUCCAGUCUUAUAGCAAGCUUAGUGGUUAAUCGAACAUUAUUCACCAA